ACGCUAGGGAAUUAAGAAAUGCAGUUUGAUGAGUUGUUUGUUAUUGUUUGCUUGACUAUGAUUUUUCUAUUUAUAGAGACUCAUAAUAUGUAACUUCUGUGUAUGCUAGGGAGGGAAAAUAUUUGAGUCAUAUUGAUUCCAACCUUAACCGCUUUCUGGCACUGAAUACCUGUUGUCCUUUAAUGUACGUUCGUUUUCAUGUUGAACCACCUCUUAAUUAAUUAUCCUCUUUUGAUUGUUAUUCUUCUAUUACAUCUGACUUUCAUAUCACUAGUGGAAAAAAACUCAUCUGAUGCGCUCAAAGUCGGACUUACUGAUGCGACUUUGGUCCACAUCAGGUGGGCUCGCAGCAGUUCCCAAAUAUUAACUGUUGUGGUACUAAACCACAGCACCGCAACAGGUAAUAAAUUAACUAUUGCUGGUUUUGACCCAAAAUCGCAGCGGUAAAUGAUUAAUUGCUGCAGUUUUGGGUCAAAACCGCAGUGGUUGACCACCCCAAAUACCAAUUUUUUUUUUGCAUUUUUUCAUUAUUAAUCAAUACAAAAUCAACAAUAUAUAUCAAUAAACAUUUUAUUAAGCAUAUUAUGCUCAAUUGAAGCAUAAACAUAAAUAUUUAGAUACAUAAGAAUAAGAUCUACAUUUAAGAUAUUGAAAAUUAUAAUGAAAUAUUUAGAUACUAAACUAUUGUAUAAAGUUCCUAUAAAGAAUAAUAUCAAAUAUCAGAGCAUGAAGCCAAUAACAAAAUAGGGGCCAGAACAUUAUAAUAACAUGGUUUGAUGUCAAUUUAUUCUUCUAAAGCCUUUUAAUGCACCUAUAUAAUUACUAUUUUAACUCAGGGCUAUAAACCACUAGAUUAGAUGGAGAGAAACUGCCCCUCUAUUGUUGUCUAAAUCGUGAUAUAUCUGAUAUAGGUAGGUUGCAAUGUACUAAGCCUCUCUGCUUCGUUAUCUCGCCCUCUUUCGUCUCAAAAUACUCUUCAUCAGUCUCCUGUAGCAAAUAAAAAACUCAAUCAUGUAUGUGAUGAUGUACGAAAAUUAUCAAACACGAGCUCGGAAUACCCGAACAAAAAUUACUGUAAGAAAAAUAGAAAUGUGAUUGAACAAUUACAUUGUUGAAGUAGGUGAGAGGGUUAGGCCAUAGGUCCUCCUUGAUGAUUUCAGAGACCUGCAAAUUUAUCAUCUAUCUUAAGAUAAAUUGCCAAAUUCUAAGGAGAGUAGGAACUAUUGAUAUAUUCCUUUAACUCUCAGCAACUUGCCUAAAAGAGUCACCAAAAUAACCCCACCAACCUCAUUAGGGAUGUCAUCAUCACUUUGCUGAGUUUCACUGAACCAGGUCACGAAGCUGCAAGGAUAUAGAAAAGGCAAAGAAAACUUUGAUGCACUUGCUUCAUAAGCAAAACCACACUUCACAAGAAGCAAAAGAUUCUAAGUGUUGGGGCAAAAAUGAAAAUACUUGGUUCAUGGCUAACAUAGAAAACAUGUACUAUUUAAAAACUAGUGAUUAGUCUCGAAAAAACAUUAAGCUUAUCUGUAAAGUAACCAAAGGAACUCCUAAAUAAGUUGUAGAAGCAGAAAAUGUGACAUAUGGAUUGAAAUAUAAUCUAGUUCAGAUAGGGGUAUAGAAAAACCCAAUUGCCUCACAAAGCCUAAGGCUCAAAUCAUCAAAAGAUCAACUGAUGUUAGUGAGCUGCAGGCCCCAACAAACAUCAGCUCCUACACGGUAAGUAAUUCUUGUUCACAUUACGUCUAUGAACAACUCUCGCAACAUGUAAACAUUUUCUUUUCCUGCUUCUAUUUGCCAUUCUCUAUGUUGUUUUGUCUCUUAAGACUUCUAUUCGUUUCUGCGGGACGUACAAAUUGGCCCUUUCAAUUCAAUUGGUGGUGAUCGCGCUAAACUUAAGGUCAUACAACGGUUAAACCUGCAUGGAAUUGUGGCUAUUGAAUCAGCAACGGGUUCAGUGUAUUUCUUGGGACCGGACUUCUGUCAGUGCCUUCUACAAUACAAGAAGGCAGUUGGGCAAGUGUAGGAUUAUUACUUCUGUAUGCAGCAAUAUGUGCUAUUUUACAGGCUAUCUUCUAAGGAAAUGUAUGGAGAUCAACAAAGAUAUCAUCACUUUUCCUGACCUAGGAGAGGCUGCAUUUGGAAACCUUGGCCGUGUUUUUGUAUCUCAUUUGAAGAAAGAGUAUUUCAUCGAACCAACUAUUAUAAGUGAUAUCUCCACAUCCAUGCAAAUAUGGAGGGAAGAAGUUUUUGGCCCUGUCUUAUGUGUUAAAACAUUUAGUUCUGAAGAUGAAGCUCUUGAAUUGGCAAAUGAUACAGAGUAUGGUUUAGCUUGUGCUGUGUUUUCAAAAGACCUUGAAAGGUGUGAAAGGGUAUCGAAGCUUUUGGAAUCUGGAGCCGUGUGGGUUAAUUGCUCACAACCAUGCUUUGUUCAUGCUCCAUGGGGAGGCAUCAAGAGUAGUGGUUUUGGACGUGAGCUUAUGGAAUGGUCAGUCCAUUCUAACUAUUCUCAUCCCUAUACACAAUUACAAGUUGCAACUACAUUAAAUUUAUUUCUCAUCACUACGCUCCUUCAUUUGAGAGAUUGUAUCAAGAACCUAGCAGGAGACAAUAGUGUUUGAAAGACUAUGUAGUCCUUCCAAAUUAAUAUACAUUUUUCAGGAUAUCCUGAAAACGUUGUCACGUUUCAUCAUAUAGUAAUGGCUUAAGAUCAAAUGACCCAAUAUGCCACUAAAAGUAAGUGAUGGGGAAAUGAUAGAAAGAUCUAACAACUACAGAGUAUCCUUGUAAAAGCAGGCAUGUUCUUGGUUAAGAGAGCUGGGACCAAACACUUAAUAGGGUAUAUGCUUGGAUUGAGGGUAAUUUAUUAAGGGAGUAAUGGAGACAAAAUGAGUUAUGACGCUGAUCGAUGCAUUUCCCCAACAUUAUAGUGGGAAGGAUCUGUGAUUUAAACACUUCCUUAAGGUUUAAUAUUAACCUUGAGGAUCUAUGACGCUAUGUCUAGGUUUGAAGAUAAUCAUUCUGAGAAGUACGCAUGUUAGAAAGAGGAACCCUGCAAUUUUUAAACCCUUGAAAAGGCUGCAGGGAGAACUAAUUAUGUACUACCUAUCUAGUAGACAUUGUUGCCAUUAGUUUGAUAGUUUCUUUCAAAUAACGACAAUUGAUGUAGCUGUAGUCCUAAAUUGAGCAGAAAGCAUAGCAAAUUAUUUUGCAUAGUGUGCGUGAGAAAGUAAAUUAUUGUCGUUAGUUAACUGAAACAAUAAUAAUAUAUUUGUUCAUUGUUCCCGCAACC